UAGACGCGUCUUGUUCAAGUGCGAGAGAGAUCAGAUCCUUGUGCUGUGGGAAUUAGGGUUUCUCGAUUCGGUACCAAAGCUUUCACAAACAUCCAAAUUCUCGUUUGAUUUUGAUUCGAAUCGGAAAUGGAUUGGCAAGGACAGAAACGGGUGGAGCAGCUGAUGCAGAUCUUACUGGUGAUCUCCGGCGUCGUCGCGGUGGUUGUUGGCUAUACAACGGAAUCGUUCAGGACGAUGAUGUUGAUCUACGCCGGUGGUGUUGUUCUCACGACUCUUGUCACUGUACCUAAUUGGCCUUUCUACAAUCUUCAUCCUCUCAAGUGGUUAGAUCCGAGCGAGGCUGAGAAGCAUCCUAAACCACAAGUUGUCGUUGCUCCGAAGAAGAAGUUUUCUAAGAAAUAGGUCUGAUUCUGUAUCUCUCUAUCUCUCUAUCUCUGGGAAUUGUAUUGUUUCUCUGAGAUAUUUUUGGAUCUGAAUCUUAAUUACGAAUUGAAUUUUCUGGGUUCGAUUCUUAUCAUAUCUCUGUUCUUUGCCAAAUAAUUUGCUUUUGUGAAUCUGUGGUGGUACGUUGACGUAAUCGGUUUGUUGUGUUGAUAGAAACUUGAAUGUAUUAGGCUGUAAUCUGGGGAUUUUACUGAAUUGUGUAGAUAGAUUAUCAUAAGACAGUUUAGAUGAACUCUUUUGAAUCACCAAAUUCUCAAUCUUUUUGAAGAUGUCACAUGACACUGUGAGCAAAAACCAAUGCUAGCCUUGUGAUUUGAUCUUUUUGGUGUCAUUGAGUCUUGAGUGUUGCCAAAGUAGAAAUAGUUAGUUUUCUGGAUAGAUGAUUUCAUGAGUUUGGAUUCCGGGAAACAGAUAGGUAAGUACGGCCAGGGUUAUGGUCCUCUGUCCCGUUAAAGGUAGUGAGCUCUAACUAUUGUCUUUGCUUAUGAGUUAUGAUGAUGAGCAUUGGUGAUGGGUGGGUAUAGUGCUUUGUUGGAAACGAGACCUGAGAAUCAACCAUCUCAAAGUCGAUUGGGCAUAUAACCUCUGCCCCCAAACCAAAUCCGAUACUGCGGAGAAGGAAGAUGCAAGUGUGAGUGUCAGGUCAUAAACUUCUGCAAACGAAAUGACAAGUCAGCUACUCUUUCUGGAAGUAGCCAUAGCCAGAAUCUCUACAUGGGAUCUCAACAAAACACAUCAUGUAUAUCAACAAUAGAGGCGAAUACAAUAUACUGUAACUAUUCAAACUCUAGAGACAAUCAUAUACAAGUUAUGACAAAACUUAUCUUCAA